AACACCUACUGGAGGUGAAGAUUAAUGAUGUUUUUAAAUUGCUAUAUAACUUUCAGCAAUUUCUUAUUUCUUUAACAUUUGUCUUGUCGGGAGUCCUGGUAACUAUUAAACAUAUACAGAAUUUCUGGAUAAACGAAAUUAAUAGAGAUGAUUAUUUUCCUUUUGGUGGUGUCGCUUGCGUCACUAGCAGUCGGUACGAAGGAGGUGCCGACCUGCUACCUCAAUCAGGGCAACUGCAACCUUUGGUGUGGUGGAAAAGCACAAAGCAGUGACGGAACUGGUUAUUACUGUAACGAAUAUUGCCAAGCGAUUGAAUACAAGGAUGGUGGCCGGUGUAUACUGGUUAGUAAUACAUCGAGUUGUCCCAACAGCGUGAAACAAUACUUUGCUUUUCAAUGUGUUUGUGAAAACAAUGACGCACCGAUACCGGACGAAAAAACUUGCUUCCGUACUGAAAGUGAUUGCAGCUUAAAUUGGUGUGGUGGGCACAAACAAAGUCCGGAUGGCACUGGUUAUUAUUGUGACCAAUAUUGCCAAGCGGUGGAGUUGAAAGACCACGGCGAGUGUAGGAAACUUGACAACAAGAACGAGUGUCCCAACACUUUAAGUGGUUGGUCUGCCUACCAGUGUACGUGCUAUGAUGACCCCCCAGCACCGAAUCCAGUUACAUUUGACGACAAAACAUGCUACCCAUCUAGUGCUGAAUGUGCUAAAUGGUGUGGAGGUUACGAUGUUAGCAGCAACGGUUUAGGCUACUAUUGUAAUGAAUACUGUAUAGCCGUCGAGAAGAGAGACGGCGGUAGUUGUGACUAUUAUAAUACAACGGCGACCUGUCCAAAUAAAGUUCGUUCCCUCGAUGCCUACCAAUGUACAUGUCACGACGACAAUACUCCUGCGCCUACCCCUCUACCGGAAGAUGAACUUACUUGCUAUGAAACGGAAGCUGGUUGUGAUGACUGGUGUGGGGGUUAUACCGUCAGCCCUAACGGCCUUGGUUAUUAUUGUAAUGAAUUCUGCAAAGUUGUUAAAAAUAAAGACAGUGGUAGAUGUACCUAUUAUGCCACGACUGCGAACUGCCCAAACCCGGUCAGUUCAGCCGACGCUUACCAAUGUACCUGUUUUGAGGCCAGUACAACGCCAACCAUUACCGAGACCACCACAGAAGAAAUAACAACCACGGAGGCUGAGGCACCGCCGACCACAGACGAAAUCACCACUACGGAAGAAACCCCAACCACAUACGAAAUCACCACUACGGAAGAAACCCCAACCACUACGGAAUACAUUACUAUUACGGAAGGAACGCCAACUACUACGGAAGAUACCACAACCAUAACUACUACGGAAGAAAUAACUACUACGGAAGACAUAACUACCACGACGGAAGCGCCAACCACUACAAACCCGCCGGACGAGAAGACAUGUUAUAGCAACUUUGGGGACUGCAAAGCUUGGCGUGGUGGGUAUGCUCAAAGUACCGAUGGCUUAGGCUUUUCCUGUAACGAAUAUUGUAAACGAGUAGAGCACCAGGUCAGUGGUUCGUGUGAAAAGAUUGAAAGCACCCGUUAUUGUCCCAAUGCGAUCAGUUUUCAUGGUUUUUUAUUCCAAUGUAUCUGUUCUGCAGCAUCCACUACAGAAGAAAUAGCAACCACAGAGGCUACUGCACCAUCGACCACAGAAGAAAUCACUACUACGGAAGAAAUCCCAACCACUACGGAAGAAAUACCUACUACGGAAGACAUAAGUACUACGGAAGACAUAACUACCACGACGGAAGCGCCAACCACUACAAACCCGCCGGACGAGAAGACAUGUUAUAGCAAUAUUGGGGACUGCAAAGCUUGGCGUGGUGGGUAUGCUCAAAGUACCGAUGGCUCAGGCUUUUCCUGUAAAGAAUACUGUAAACGAGUAGAGCACCAGGUCAGCGGUUCGUGUGGAAUGAUUACAAACACUGAUUAUUGUCCCAAUGCGAUCAGUUUUCAUGGUGUUUUAUACCAAUGUAUCUGUUCUGCAGCAUCCACUACAGAAGAAAUAACAACCACAGAGGCUACUGCACCAACGACCACAGAAAAAAUUACUACUACAGAAGAAGCACCAACCACUACGGAAGAAAUUACCACUACGGAGGAAACGCCAACUACUACGGAAGAAACAUCGACCACUGCGGACGAAAUAUCUACUACAAGCAGGCCCGACGAGAAAACAUGUUACGUAAACAAGGCUGGAUGUGAUGCUUGGUGUGGAGGAUAUGCUCAAAGUCGGGAUGGUUUGGGCUAUGACUGUAACGAUUAUUGUCGAAGAGUAGAGAACCAAGUCAGUGGUUCGUGUCGAAAGAUUCGGAAUUCCAUAAGUUGUCCCAAUAGACUUACGUCUGAUUUUGUAUAUCAAUGUGUAUGUUCUGGCAGUACAAGAACAACACCCAGAACAACAACAACAACAACACUUAGAACGACUACGCCCGCGAGAGAUGAAAGGACAUGUUACAACACUAGGUCUGGCUGUAACGCUUGGUGUGGAGGAUAUUCCGUGAGUCCAGACGGUUCCGGUUACUACUGUAAUGAGUAUUGUCGGGUAGUCGAGAAAAAAGACGGUGGCUAUUGUCUGUUACAUAGGAGUAGAUAUUGCCCAAAUCCAAUUCGUUCCCGCUACGCCUAUCGAUGUACAUGUUACAGGAUCAUAAGACGAACACCCUUGUCCGUACGAACCACUACUACAACGUCUGCCCCUAGUACUAGGAAUGAUGUAAAAACUUGCUAUUACUUUAAGACCCUUUGUCUUAGUUGGUAUGGUGGACAGGCACAAAGUACCAAUGGUUUGGGUUAUCAUUGUGACGAAUAUUGUCGAAGAGUAGAACACGCAGAUAGAGGGUCGUGUAGAUUACAGAGACGGUCAAGCUGUCCAAACAGAAUAUACACCAGUUAUGCCUACCAAUGCAGCUGUUACAACGUUUCGGCGAGUAGGACCAGAGAAGAAAGAACUUGUUAUCUCUCAAGAAGCAGCUGUAAUUCAUGGUGUGGAGGUUAUUCUGUGAGCCCCGGGCGGUCAGGUUAUUACUGUAAUGAAUAUUGCAAAGAGGUGCAGAAACAAGACGGUGGUAGCUGUAGGUUGCGCCGAAGUUCUGGCUGCCCGAACACUCUGCGUACCCAGUAUGCCUACCAAUGUACCUGCUAUAACAACCGAGCAACUACUACCCCUGCACCUAGGGUCACAACAACUGUAGCUAACAGAGAUGAACGAACGUGCUACAGUAGGCGAAGUGGGUGUUAUUCGUGGUGUGGUGGAUAUUCUGCAUCGCCUGAUGGUACUGGCUACUACUGUAACCAAUACUGCAGACAAGUUGAACGUCGUGAUGGUGGUUAUUGUAAACGUGUGUUGAGUACAAGGAGUUGUCCCAACAGCGUACGUACACGUUACGCUUACCAAUGUACAUGCUCAUCUUCGUCUUCGUCUUCUUCGUCUUCGUCUUCUUCCACGUCCGAUGAAGAUGACGACGAUGAACGAACCUGUUACACUAGCGUCAGUGGUUGUAACGCAUGGUGUGGUGGCUAUAGCUCAAGCCCGGACGGUUCCGGUUACUACUGUAAUGAAUAUUGUAAAGUCGUCCAAAAGAAAGGAGGCGGUUAUUGCAAAUAUUACAGGAACAACACAGGAUGUCCGAACCGGAUCCGUUACUAUGGCAUUUACCGAUGUUACUGCUGGGGUUCAUAAAUGCAGCCAACAGCAAUGAAAUAAAUGAAUAAAUAAUUGCAUAAUUG